GGUAAUCGUACACGAAAGAAAAUGGCCGGUCUCCGGCAAUGUCUUUCUGCUGUGAAUGCAUCGAGAUGUCUCUUUGCACAAAGGUCGUUGUUGGAAAAUUGCACCAAACAACUGGCCGCUAUCCAGCUUACCAGUAACAUCCACACGUCAAACACUUUGGAGAAAACAUUCAGGAUUCAGCCAAGAGAGCCGUUGGUUUGGCCAAAAUAUAAUGAUGUUGUUUAUCCCCCAACCAAGCCCGGGGAACCCAGAAGACCUGCUGAAAUCUGUCACCUUCGUUCUAAUGUCAAAUACAGUUAUAAAACGUUGUGGUACUUGGCUGCCAUGAUCCGCGGUUUGUCCAUCGAUGAGGCUUUAAAACAAAUGACAUUUCACGUGAAGAAGGGAUCCAAAAUAGUAAAAGAGGUUCUUGAAGAAGCUCAAGAGAUCGCGAUAAAUGACUAUAAUGUCGAAUACAGGUCCAAUUUAUGGAUAGCUGAUUCCUUUGUUGGGAAAGCAAUUACGAUCAAGGGUUACCGCAAGCACAUGGGACCGAGAUUUGGAAUCAUCGACCACAGAUACACGCACUACUUUGUCAGAUUACGGGAAGGACAACCACCAAAACAUUACUACCCUCCGGAAAAGACCGGUUGGGAAAAGAUGGAGGAAUAUUUAGAAGAGCAAAGGAAUCGCAGAAUUUAUGGUUCGUUAUAGUGGAGGUUUUGCCAAAGACUUUAGAACUCUUGUGUUGUUCUAGCUUGAAAAUUGGCUGAUUGAGAGACAGGUGUGUUGUACUCUACUCAAGUCUGCUUUCUCAGGAGUACAAAGUGGGUCACUUGUACAUUGAGUUAGGAUGCAGGUGUCAAAUUACAGUGUGUGAUGCGUUACUUGAGAAAUAAAUAUUUGUA